AUUUAAAGUAUCGGAAAGGCUAUUUACGAUGAAAGAAUUGAAGAAAUGUCUCAAGGAGAAUAGAGUGAAAGAAAUAUUUGGCGCUGGUACGGCUUGCGUCGUAUGUCCUGUCAAAGAUAUACUUUAUAAAGAUGAGAUGCUUCAUAUACCAACAAUGGAAAAUGGUCCGAAGAUUGCCAGACGGUUUUACAAGGAACUUGCUGAUAUUCAGCAUGGAAAAGUUUCCAGUCCAUGGGCAUAUGUUGUAAAUGAUUCAUCUGAUGAGAACGAAAAUUUACAAGCUAUGAGUCUAAACUAG